GAACAAUGUUUGAAAUGUCUCCAUGCGUCCGAGACAGCGGGGACUUGAUGCAGUUAAGUCCAAGGUUUGCGAUCUCGUCUUUUUCACUCGUGAGAAAUAAUGUUUAGUCGCAAUAUAGCCGUAGACGUAGUUGGUUCCUGUUAGGCUGUGGAAGUUUACUGAAUAUUCUCUAAAGCGUAGUGUUACAUUCGCAUUUUCUGUUCGCUUUAGCACAACAAUAUAUCCAACAAAGCACAAGGACAAACCAUGUCUUCCCGCAAAACAGCCGGACGUCGCGGUACGACAAAGAAGCGUGCACAGCGUGCCACUUCGAAUGUGUUCGCCAUGUUCGAUCAGGCACAGAUUGCCGAGUUCAAGGAAGCGUUUAACAUGAUCGACCAAAACCGGGAUGGAUUCAUUGAGAAAGACGACCUGCAUGACAUGCUGGCGUCGCUUGGCAAAAAUCCAACGGAAGACUAUCUGGAGGGCAUGAUGAACGAGGCACCGGGCCCGAUAAAUUUCACCAUGUUCCUGACACUGUUCGGUGAGCGGCUGCAGGGUACCGAUCCGGAGGAGGUGAUCAAGAACGCGUUCGGUUGCUUCGACGAGGAAAAUACGGGUGUCAUCAAUGAGGACAGGCUGCGUGAGCUGCUCACGACGAUGGGUGAUCGAUUCACCGACGAAGAUGUAGACGAAAUGUUGCGCGAAGCGCCAAUCAAGAAUGGGCUGUUCGAUUACAUCGAGUUCACUCGCAUCCUUAAGCACGGCGCCAAGGAUAAGGACGAGCAGUGAGAUAUCUAGAUUUCACUCUUUUAUUUUUUGUCUUUCACUUUAAAAUUCUAUGUCUUAAUUUCACGGAAUGCAUUUAUCUUAAAACGAUCAUACUAACACAAAUUCCAUUGCAAGCUAACCGCCGUUGGUGGCGCAUGUUCUAUCGUUUAAACGAGCAGCAGUAUUCCUGAUUUGGUCGUGUUUAUUGCAGGUCCAUUAUGUUGUUUAAAAUCAGAUUCACGUCAUUAAUAAACGAUUUAUGUAAUUGGUCUGUGUUACGAAAA